AUGGUCGUGGGCUUGCUUGUCAUAGCGGGGAUUCCCACGACGAUAGGGGUCUGCGAAGCCCUGAGCGCACAGAAGAAGGCCAAUGAAGCGGCAAAAGAGAAGGCCAAGUUCCGUAUGACGGUCACCGUUUCUCUCGACGAGGAUGGCCCGGUCGAGUGUUGGUGCGUUUUGAAGAACGGCAUGUUGUGGAUCGACCACCCGUCCUUUCCUGUGCCUGGCCACAAGUUCUUUGGGUACUACUUCCCAUACCCGUCCGAGGAGCAGCACUUGGGCAUGGUGAGCACCAUCGCCGACGACCCGCCCAUGCUGAACUGGAUCUAUGUCGAUAAAGACACCAACUUGGUGCGCCACGGAGGGCGGCAGGCUACGCUGGGACACACCAUCGGGCCAUGGUUCUGGACCAGUGAUGAGAAGUGGCUGACGCUGCAAGGUGACGCGGCCCGCUUUGUGGCGGUUCAGAUGGAAAACAAGAAAUGGGCCAUCGCUUUUGAUCGCGAUGGGUGUUUUUCGGAGGAGGAUGUGAGUGAAAGCGAGGACGAGGGUGAGAGUGAGGAUGAGAGCGAAACGGAGGGGGACAAAGAGGAGCUAUGGCCGGAAGGGGGCGUGUUGAACAGACACCGUUCGCGCCAGUGGGUCCCUGUGUUGCUUCGCCGGCAGCUGCAGUUGGGAAUGGAGAGCCGCUAUGUCAAGGGCGCGAAUGGGUAG